AAAUACAGAAACUCCACUGAACUCUUUGGAAACAAGAGCUCCCAUCAUUUCCUCAUUAAGUCUCCCUGUUCUUCCUCGCCAUGCAAAAAUGAAGGGACCUGUGUACCAAGUUACAAAAAUGGCAUCUUUGAAUGCCUCUGCAAGAAAGGCUUCAUUGGAGAAUUCUGCGAGAAAGGCUUCAAGUCCUGUAAAGAUGCGUACAAUUCAUACAAGUCGAACGCCAGCGAGUUGGUUACCUUACACUUUGGCGCGAAAACAACUUCCGUUCUCUGUCAAAUGGGAGAUUUUGGAUGUGGAGAUGGUGGAUGGACACCAGUUAUGAAGAUUGAUGGCAACAAGAACACUUUUCUAUUCAGUUCGGGAUACUGGACUGACAAAAGCGAAUACAACCCGUCUGGUGGAACAACUAGCUUCGAUUCACAAGAGACUAAGCUACCGACCUACUGGAACACACCCUUUUCCAAGGUCUGUCUCGGUAUGAAGGUUAACGGACAGUUGAGGUUCACCGUUAUCAACAGUCAGGCUUCCUUUCUCCACUCUCUGAUUGCUGAUGGUCAGUAUCGGCCUACUUCACUGGGUCGGAACAAGUGGAUAGCGCUCACUGAUUCAAAGGCUUAUCUUCAGCCCAACUGCAACCAGGAAGGAUUCAAUACCAAGGCCAGUCGCAGAGCAAGAGUGGGAAUCCUUGGGAACAACGAAAACGACUGCCGUACAUGUGAUUCUGCAGUAGGGUUUGGUGUUGACAACAGAGCGUGCGGUGAUCUUUCUUCCAUUAGAGCCAUGUGCUACAUCUUGGUUCAGUGAUGAUGUGCGUUUAAAUGAAUUUUAAAACAGCUGCAAAAUAGAUAAGAUGAAGUCAUCCACGAACAGUAUGUAAAAACUUGGGAUUAUAAAAUUUGUUGUGUAUAUGAACACCUCGAGAACACUGCGAUUAAGCACCUAUCAUCCGAGUCUCGCCAAUCAGAAUAAAUGAUGCUCGCGAAAGCUUUGUACAGCUUUUCUUAUGCCAUGUGUGUCUGUAAGUGAAAAAACGCAAAUAAACAAAGCAAAAUCGAAACGAAAGAAAACAAAAAGAGAUAUAUUUUUCCCAGCUGGGAAGUUUACCAUUCACCGUUGACUUUAUUCACUGGACCCAGUUUUUGGCUCGCGUCCAAACAUAUCGAUAACGUAGGCUAUCGGAAACAGCUGUAGCUGGCGAAAAGUUUUAUAUAUAGAAUGGGUUUAACUCUUUAAACCCUGAGAGUGACCAGCAUCUAAUUUCUCCUUACAGUCAUACAGCUGAAUCAUUCAGUAAGAUCAUAAAAAAAAUAAACGUAGUUAGCACCUGCCGUAGGAUAAUCUAGCCGGAUUGGUCAGUCAAUAAAAAUCAACGAGAUUAAGGAAAUGUUUUAACGACAGUAGAGUCAGUUUGUUUUGAGGGAGAAACGACGGUUUUAGAUAUUUUCGCCUAAAAAACCUCGAUGGUGGAUUCACGGGCCAUCGCCGCGAAUGUUUCUUUUUUUUAUUCUGUUUUAUUUAUCUGGUCUGAACUGAUCCUCAAGGCAGAAGGUUAGUGAAAAUGUAGACUACCAAGAAAUUUGAAAACGCUGACUUUUCGAGGCUUGAUUUUC